AUGUCAGAUCUACGGAGAUGGACCAAGAAGGAACGACUGCUACGUAACAUAGUGGAUUCGAUUAGUGAAUUUGUGAAGAGCUGUGAUUCAAGUCGUGACAAGACUUCGGUGGAUGCUAGACUGAAAAAGGAAAAACGAGCAAUGGAGGACGAUGAAGAUAUCACCGAAACGGACGAGAAAGACGAGGAUAAACGGAAGCGGAAAGCACUACAACAAAAGGUGGAAGAAUCAAACAGGAAGAUUAUGAAGGAUUUUGCGAACCAGUACUUUACCAUUAAGAACCUUCUUCAAACGUUUUUGUCAUGUCCCGGUGUGGGCUCUAGUUCUGCAUCCGCUACAGUAAUGCAGCAGGUUCCCAUCCAAACUAUGCGAGUAAAAUUGCCAGAACUCAAGUUGCCGAUUUUCCGUGGUUCGUUGAUGAAGUGGGUCACAUUCAGAGAUACGUUUCACAAUCUGAUUGUGGACAAUACCCAUCUUUCGGACAUCGAUAGGUUCACGUACCUGCGGUCCUCUUUGGCAGGAGAAGCACUGCAACAGAUUGCUUCCAUUGAUCUGACGGCUAACAAUUAUUCGAUAGCGUGGAAUUCGUUGGAAUCACGCUACGGCAAUAAAAAGCUUCUGGUGAAGUCCCAUCUCGAGGCUUUAUUUGCAGUGCAAUCCAUGAAAAAGGAGACUUUUGAAUCACUCAACCAUGUCAUCAAUGAGUUCGAUAAACAUUUGCAAAUGCUGGACAAACUGGGAGAAAAGACAUCUGAAUGGAGUACGAUACUCGUUCACAUACUUUCAAGUAAGCUGGACACAACAACGCUUCGUUUGUGGGAAACGGAGCACCGUUCAAAGGAGGUUCCUAAAUUCGACAAGCUGAUGGAUUUCCUGAAAAAUCAUUGCACGGUUUUGCGCUCACUCAUCGGAGAAUCGUUCGGCCAGCCGGAACAGAAGAAGGCAACAAGGGUAAGCACUAGCUACGCCGGCGUGCAGUCUUCGUGUUUGUUGUGUGGAGAGGGACAGCACCCGUUGUUCCAGUACAUUCCUAAUGUGGUACUUUCUGUCAAUGCAUCCAAGCUUCCACGGUCGGUUCUAUUAGCAACUGCGAUCGUGGUUCUUGAAGACCAAUUUGGGAAUACUACGCAAGCUAUGGCACUUUUGGAUAGUGGCUCUCAGCUGUGCUUCAUUUCGGAGCAUGCGUCACAGCGUUUGAAAUUCAAGCGUUCACGCGAAGCACUAUCGAUUAGCGGCAUCGGCCAAGCUGUAAAGCAAUGCAAGCAGUCUAUUUUCGCACGGGUCCGAUCUCGCGUCUCAACCUUCUCUGGUGAUGAGGUAUUCCACGUGCUCCCUCGCGUUACGCUAAAUUUACCGAUCCGAAAGGUAGACUCAACUGGGUGGAAGCUUCCCGAAGACAUCGCUCUUGCAGAUCCGUACUUCACGGAGCCAAGCCACGUUGACAUGAUCAUCGGAGCAAGCCUAUUCUUCGAUCUGCUACGCAACGAGAAAAUCAAGCUAGGAGAAAAUGGACCUGUUGCGCAGAACACCACCCUCGGUUGGAUAAUUUGUGGAAAUUUACCGGAUCAUCCGGAUAUACGAAGGCCGCACGUUGCGAACGCGUGCACUGAGAAGUUGGAUGAACUCCUGACACGCUUCUGGGAGUUAGAAGCGUGCAAAUCGAAUAGUGUUUUAUCGUUGGAGGAAUAUGCAUGCGAGAAGUUCUUCGAUCGUACAACGGCACGAGAUGCAUCCGGGAGAUUCGUCGUGACGCUCCCCAAGAAGGACUACCUCAUCCAACAAUUAGGCGAUGAAGCGGUUCCUGUCUCUCGAACGUCGGCUGUCUGCUGA